CCCCAAACCCAACUCCCGUCCAAGAGGCAAGCGAGGGAAGUUGGAGAAAGGAAAAACCAAACCCAUUGUUAGGCGGUGCCGCGGUGUCACGGCGGAUUCUGACCGUCUUCCUGAUGGAGCGGCUAGCUAGGUCGGCGCGAGCGUGGCGUUUGCGCCUCCGUUCAUUUACUUCUCCUCGAACCCUAACUUCUCACCGCCUUCACCCUUCUCUCUAUCACAAAUCUGCACCUGCUUGGUCCGCUUCCUCCGACGUUUCGAGUCACAGAGUGUUGCGCGAUGGUGCCGAACCGUAUUCGUUGCUUCCAGCUGCGUUGGCUGGCAUUUUCGGAAUCGGAUUGGUGGAAACUGCAUAUGCGGAUAAUGCUAACGAGGACGUGCAAGAAACUGCAAGAAAAGAACGUCAUCGAAUUGACGAGUUGCUCAGAAGUAGGGGAAUUCGUAGUGGCUCUUAUCCUGGCUUCACUGUUGCUGUUAAAGGCCAAAAGGUGAGUAUUAAGGUUCUAAUCCCCCCUGGUUGUGAAGUUGCACAACUUAUUGCAAAUCUUACUUCACAUCUUGGACUCAAAGCUCAAGGCAAUGUCGGGGGUUCGGAUAUGGUAUUGCGUGCUUGGGACAGCAGCAAUAUCGCGUGGCAACUUACCCUUACUCAUCCAUCAAAGCAAAAAAAAGUUGAAGAGAAUGAUCCGGCUUCGGUAGAUAUAAAUGCUCAAGAGAGUGAUCUAUGUGUGCUUAUAUUUCAUUCUCUUAUUGGUCCAGAUAAAGCUGAAAUUGAAUUUCUUAAAGAAGGGAACUUGAGUGCUGAAGAGCUUGAUGCUUUCAUCUCUGUUUUACAAUUAGCUGGUACCAAGUUGGGACAAAGAAACACUCUGGAAAGAAAGCCGAGGGAAGAGUCUGAAUCGGCGCCAUCUGCAGAUAAAUCUGUUUCGAGUCUUGAGGCCAUGGGAGUAAGAAUUUAUGGACUCAAUGAGCCCAUAGGCAUGUCAACUGGUGAGAAUGAGAUAUCAUGGGACAACAUUGCUGGGUAUGAGCAACAAAAAAGAAUUAUAGAAGAUACCAUACUAUUGGCUUUGCACAGUCCUGAAGUAUAUGAUGAUAUUGCUCGAGGGACUCGCCAUAAGUUCGAAUCGAACAGACCACGAGCUGUGCUGUUUGAAGGCCCACCAGGUACAGGGAAAACUUCCUGUGCUCGUGUUAUUGCUAAUCAAGCGGGUGUUCCUUUGCUAUAUGUGCCACUUGAGGUAGUAAUGUCUGAAUUCUACGGUAAAAGUGAACGCCUUCUAGGAAAAGUGUUUUCGCUGGCAAAUGAUCUUCCUAAUGGUGCUAUUAUAUUUCUGGAUGAGAUUGAUUCUUUUGCUGCUGCUCGUGAUAGUGAAAUGCAUGAAGCUACACGUAGAAUAUUGUCAGUAUUGUUGCGACAGAUAGAUGGCUUUGAGCAGGAUAAGAAAGUGGUUGUUAUUGCUGCCACAAAUAGAAAGGAAGACCUUGAUCCAGCAUUAAUCAGUCGGUUUGAUACUAUGAUUGCUUUUGGCUUACCUGAUCAUCAAAAUCGUCAAGAAAUAGCAUCCAAAUUUGCAAAGCACCUGUCCAAAGGCGAACUUAAUGAUCUUGCAAGCAUUACGGAAGAUAUGUCUGGAAGAGAUAUUAGAGAUGUUUGUCUGCAAGCAGAACGAUCCUGGGCUUCAAAGAUUAUUCGAGGGCAAAUAUCUAAAGAUGGCGAACAAGCGAAGCUUCCUCCUCUGGAAGAAUAUAUAGCGUGUGCCACGAAUCGACGGGAGUCACUGCUUAGUGCUGCUGCAGAUAGGAAGCCCCAAAGCUCUUCCCGCCAGAGGAUAUGAAUUAUGAAGUCCAUAUUUAAAGUAUCGUAAUUCUGAAUUUGUGAUUGAGGCUCCUCUUCCUGUUGGUGGAAAUCUCGUCUGCAAUACCACUUAAGCAGAGAGGAAUAGGAUGACUGUGCGACAAGGAGGCAAGGUAGUCAAGUAGUUCAAAAGUGGGUGAAGUGAUCCUCUUCUCUUUGCUCAUCACCUUCGUUAUAGAAAAGCUGCAUGAGGAGUGUGACAUUCUGCUCUUGUAGUGGCUGCCAGUGAGAUAAAUGUUUUUCAAUGCGUUGAGUAGCACUAAGGGCGUGUGCCCUACUGCUUGGAGUUGCUCGGAUCUUG